AUGGCUUCCGUGUCUUAUCGGACUUACCUCCAGGCCUGCCGUUCCGUCUCGCGGCGUAGCCUUGCCCGAACACUCACGACGGCCCCAAGCACACCAUCCACAUCCCAGACGAGCGCGAGCUCAUCGUCUGUAUCUACACCCGCACCCACAUUAGAGAGCCCGCCUCCGAAUACCCACUUCAAAAUCACCCUCCGACGGUCUGCUAUUUCGCUCGGGGACAAAAUAAAGGGCACUCUGAAGGCACUUGGCAUCCACCGGCGUUUCCAGACUGUCUAUUUCCCAUUUUCACCUGAAGUCGCAGGUAAAAUUCUUCGAGUCAAGGAGCUCGUUGAGGUGGAGAAUGUGCCGACGCACAGGGUCAUGAACAAGCAGCAGCAGCGACAAGCACGGAAGGCGACGAGGGGUUACACGGUGGUCGGUUCGAGGGACGGUUUCAUGCGCAUAUAA